UCGAUUCUCAAAUAAUCAAAUCAUUGGAACGUGACGCUGACUUUUGGUUUGUAAGUUUACGCCAGUUGACGCAAUUCUUAAUCUAUAUUUCUGUUUAUUUAAUAGAUAAUUUUGACUUUCAAAUUACUCAUAAAAUAGAAAGAGGUUAACUGCUGUCUUGUUACGAGCUGCAGAACGGGAAUCUCGUUUGAAUGUAAUUUCUCGUUUUGAAUGUAAAUUUCGCCAUUAGCAGUUUAUAUUGUUCUUAUUGUGUAAGCAUAACCAUUUAAAUUUAUAUUUGUGUUGACGACGUAUGGUAGCCAUCAUGAAAUUCCAAUACAAAGAAGAACAUCCCUUUGAAAAAAGGAGAGCUGAAGGUGAGAAAAUACGAAGGAAAUAUCCUGAUAGAGUGCCCGUAAUUGUUGAGAAAGCCCCCAGAGCACGUAUAGGAGAUUUGGACAAGAAGAAAUACUUGGUUCCCUCAGACUUAACUGUUGGGCAGUUCUAUUUCCUGAUUCGAAAACGCAUUCAUCUACGGCCAGAAGAUGCCCUCUUCUUUUUUGUGAAUAAUGCCAUUCCUCCCACCAGUGCAUCAAUGGGCACCCUGUACCAGGAGCACCAUGAAGAGGAUUCCUUCCUGUAUAUAGCAUAUAGUGACGAGAGUGUGUAUGGAAAGGAUAAUUAGAACAUGUACUUUCUCUACUUUCUUUUUCUGUUUGUAUAAAUAUCACUUGAAAGUUAUUACAGGCCUUCCCAUAAGGCUGCAGAUAUAAAUUUUAUUGAAGGAAUGUGUCUUUUCUCUCGCCUGUGUAUUUGUUCAGUUUUAAUGCCUACAUUCUUUUGUUUUGAUUAAAAUGGAUGUUUUAAAUCAG